AUGCCUGAACUCUGGUUAAGAAAAAUAUUUCCAAAAACUGUCUUUGUUAGCACAGGUUUUGCUAAAGAUCGCAUUAGAGUUGCAAAGACUCAACAAGAACUUGAUGAGUUGGAUGAUGAUAGUAUAGAUAUUUUCAAGUCUAAUAUUAUUGUUUGUUACAGUGAUAGACCAAAAAACAUUCCUAUCAUUAAUAAUAUGUGUUUGGCACUAUUUUCUACAAACUACUACAAGGAUUACAAAAUUUAUAUAGAUGAUGUAUCUGAUUCUCAACCUGAAGUGCUCAGUGAUGAUAUCAUUGAAUGUCAAAAUACUGAGAAUUGUAGCACAGAACUUCCUGAUCGAAAAAAACUGAUGAGCAGCAAAGAAGUUAUGAAGUGCCGAAAAGUAAAGCUGUAAUGCGAUAUCACACACCAAACAAAAGUAAAGAGCCUGAAAAAUAUUUUCACCACCUUCUCAUGUUGUAUUUCCCAUGGCGUAAUGAAAAUGAACUUCUAGGUACAGACCAGACUUAUGUUUCCAAGUUCUAUGAGCCAGAUAUUCAAUCGAUAGUACAAAGCAAAAAAAGAAAUAUUUGAGCCAGAUAGUGAUGCUAUUAAUGAAGCAUUAGAAACUCUACCAAACUCUGAUGGUAUGCCAGCUCGCUCAUAUGAUCCAAUAAAUGACCAAGAAAAUGAAGAGAUGCGACAAAGGUUACCUAAUGAUGCCAAUGAAGCAGAAUCAUUUAAUAAAUCAUUGCCCCAACAUCUUGAACCAAAUCCUGAAUUAGCUCAGCGAUCAUCUGGUAUAAUUUCCUACAAUCAACCCUCAGAUAUCAGUGAUGAUGAUCUACGAAAAACUGUAAGAUCAUUAAACAGCGAACAAUACUAUGCGUAUGACUUGGUUCUUUCCUGGUGUAGAAAUAAAAUGGCAAAUCUAAACACUCUUAAACCUUGCAAAAUAGAUCCAAUACAUGUUUUUGUUACUGGAGGUGGAGGUGCAGGGAAAUCACACUUGAUCAGAGCUAUACAUCACACUAUUACAAAAACAUUUAGACAUGCUCCUUUGAAUCCUGAAUUACCUUCUGUGCUGCUAAUGGCUCCAACUGGUGUGGCUGCUAUUAAUAUAAGUGGAACAACUGUCCACGCAGCUCUAGCAAUUCCACGAGAAUGUGGCAAUAGUGUACCUGUAAUGUCAGAUCAGAAAAGAACACAAAUGAGACUAUCCUUGGCUGAAUUUAAACUAAUAAUAAUUGAUGAAAUAUCAAUGGUAUCAAACAUUGGUCUGUUGCAUAUUCACCAAAGAUUGAAAGACAUAUUUGUUACACCUAGUAGUGAACUUUUUGCAGGAAUCAGUAUACUUGCUGUUGGUGACUUUUUUCAGUUACCACCAAUCCAAAGUGCAACUGCCUUUUCAAAUUAUAAGAAUGAUGUAUUUAAUUUGUGCCAUCCAUGGCAUGUCUUUAAAAUGGCUGAUCAUGAGACAAAAAGAUCAUGAGACACAGAUCAUGAGACAAAAAGAUGACAUUUACUUCACACAACUAUUGAAUAGAGUUUGAACUGCUUCACACACAGACGAUGAUAUCACAUGUAUUCAAUCUAGAGUAAUUACUGCAGAUGAUGAAAAUUAUCAAUCAGAUGCGUUACAUAUCUUUGCAGAAAAUGCACCUGUGGACGAGUAUAACCUUGAUCGUUUAGAAAAGAUUCCAUCACCCCAUUACAUAUUAAAAGCUGUGGAUCAAUUCUGACCCCAUGUUAGAAAACAGGAUAUAGAAAGAGUAUUGUCUAAAGGUAGAUCUCAAACUGGAGGACUUGAUACAGAAAUUAUGAUCAAGGAAAAUGCAAGAGUUAUGCUUACAAAUAAUGUAGAUAUCAUAGACCGAUUAAUAAAUGGCCAGUUAGGUACAGUGGUCAGAGUUGCUGUUGACAGUGUAAGCAAUAAACCCUCUACUAUUUUUGUUAAAUUUGAUGACAGAAAUGCUGGAAUUUCUGCUAUUCAAAAGUCCUCCAGUAGUUUUGCAAGAGAAAACAGUGUUGUUCCCAUUCAACCUGUGCUAGCGAGAAUUAAAGUCAGACCUGGAAAGCCAUCAUCUCCUGAAAUACAAAGACUACAAUUUCCUUUAACUCUUGCAUGGGCAUGCAUGCACUGUGCAUCCCUUACGAAAAUUUCCUGUAGGAAUUCUUAUAGGAAAAAUUCCUAUAGGAAUUUUGUCCCAAAUUCUUAUAGGAAUUUUUCCUAUAGGAAUUCCUAUAGGAAAAAUUCCUAUAGGAAUUUUUUCUACAGGAAUUCCUAUAAGAAUUUAAUAGGAAGAAUUUCUAUAAGAAUUCUCAAGUCUAGUCCCAAAUUAUUAUAGGAAUUUCCUAUAAGAAAAUAAUUUAUUCUAAUUUCCUAUAAGAUUUUUGGUAUUCCUGCAGAAAUUCUAGAAUCUAGAUGAAAUAAUAGUAAAUGACAGACAAUGUUGUUCAUCACUCUUAAUUUUUUAAUGCAAAAAAUAGAUAUAAAUAUUAAUAAAUACUAAUUAAUAAUAUUGCAAAUAUAAAAAUUAAUAUGAGAAAUUGGUUAUACUAAACAGUACAAAUCAAUUAUAGUUUUCACCUAUUGUGCCAAAUUAAUCGUUCUACCUCAAUGCAAUGCCAUAUGAUGCGCCCUACUUUACUAUUUUACUCUGUCUAACUAUUUUACUUUGUCUAUAUAGCCAUUUAUAAAGAAUUUUAUUCUGGGUAUUACUUCCUAUAAAAAGAAAUGAAACAAAGCCCUUGUGAGUAACCAUAAAUAUGGAACAAAAUAUUUCAUUUAUUAAUUACAGUUUAACAACAUGAAACACAGAGUAGUAUUAUAUGUGUACUGCUCAUAUAGUGACUGUCCGAGUAACAAAAAUACCCCGGCAAGUUAAAAACAAGUUAAAAACAAGCAACUAGAAUUGAAAUACUUAAGUUUUCAAAUGUUCAAAUUUUGUAGAAAUGUUUUUUCCAAAAUUUCUUUACUCAUUUAAUAAUCCAACUUCUCAGGCUCCUACGUCAAUAUCUGCAAGCACAUUAUGCUUCAUGUCUGGGAAUGCCACAUAUUUUCUUCCAGGAACUGUUUUGUAUAAUUCCUCUUCCUGUAGAAGAUCAACCAACAUCAUGACAUUGUGUUUGCUUGAGAUGUUAGUGUGCUUGCCUGAUGGCUUCCUUAUGUUUGUACACUUGUCAAAUGCAGACAGAAUAGCAUCUGUUGGUUCGGUGGCUUGACUAACCCUUGAAAUACUCCUGUCAGUUAUUUCCCCUUUGAAACUGUGUAUAUCAGCUUUAAAUGCCUUAUUGUCAUGUUCCACAUCAAGGUCCAUAGGGAAGUUAGUAUCUAGUUUGCCCUGAUGAUUCACAAAUCUGUUCCAUGUGAGUGAGUGAGCCAAUCUAGGACUCAGAAGGCAAUUGACUUGUGCCUGUAAGUGCAGAGCAGCUAUGGCAUACUUUGGGCAUUUGCUCACUUUAAAAUAUAAGCAAAAAAAUUUGUAUAGUCUUAAAAUCCUCUCACCAUCACCAAGUUUGAUGGCAUCAUUGUGAUCCAACCAUAAAAGUAAACGAACAAGGACUUGAUGUGUGUAAUUGUACACUGUAUCUUGUUCCUUUGCUUGUGCAACAGCUGUAUGUGAUUUAGGUGGUUGUAAUUAACCUGUCUAUGCCCAAGACACUCAUGUUGACAGGUAACCCGUUAAUGCCCAAGACUCUUCCCUUGAUGCAGGGGUGGGAAAAAUAUCAGACUACGGGACCAUUGGUCCCAGAAUAUUUUUGAGUUCCCAGAAAAUAUUUCCAAGAAAGAAAAAAAUAAUUGUAGAAAUUUAGACAAAAGGGAUUAAAAAUUAUAUCCAAUAGAAAGAAUGUUACCUGUAUUGUAGGUAUGACCACAGAAGUGCAAAUUAUUAUAAGUGCAUCCAUCUUAAUAGUGCAAUAGUGUAUAAAUGUAUAGACUAUAGAAUGAUGUAACAAAUGUGGUAUGGCAAAUUCAUUUUUAGCCAAUCUGAGACACCUGAUUUUCAACAUUUUCUGGGGGAGCAUGCCCCAGAUGCCCCUAGUAGUGCCCCUUAAUAGUACCCACUUUUUGGCAUCUGUAAAUUUACCUUAGGAUGAGACCCCUGAUGCAUGUUACCCAAAUUAGUUUUAUGUUAUAUUCUUGAAAGUAUUAUUAUAAGAUUCUCAGUCCAUGGAUUUUUUUCUGUUAAUAUAUAGCAUGACAUUCAGUUUGACAACUUGUUAAUGUUACCUGUUUGCUUUACUUGAUUAUUUGCAGAAAAUUUUUCAACGUUCUCUUGCGGUCCCAGAAAGUAAAAUAUUUUUCCCAUCCCUGCCUUGAUGAUAAUAAAGUCAGGGUGUAGACAGAGUUAACUAAUAAAGUCAGCUGCAUCGCAGCUUAAUGGGUUUUUAAAAGUAACAAAGAUUAUUUGGAAAAAAAAUUUUUCUGACUAGAUUUAAAAAGGUAUCCAAAGGUUGUGACAAAUAACUCCAGUCAAAGAACACAUUUUCUAAAAUAAAUUAAUCUUACCCAUUUGUUGGAUUCUAUACUUUGAGGUGGUACUUGUGGGAUGUUAUUUACAACAUGUUCUUUUUCAAAGCUUUUGAUGACUUGGUUGACAUAUUCUUUCUUUACGUUUACGUCAAUUGGCACCUACCUAUAUUCCAAUGGACUUGGACCUUUGGUGUCACAUUAUCUGUGGGAAAGGCAGGGAAUCAAACCACAAAGGAUUUUGGUUGUAUGCUAUCAAAGAUUUAGCACAUCUAGAUAGGGCUACCAAAGCAUGGGUGGUACCCCUUGGAUAAACAUGGCCAUGGAGAGGGGUGGGCAAUGCAACAACUUAAAAUUGAACCAGUGCUUAGUUGGACUCCUAAGCCCCAAAUCUUUAAAGAUGGCAAAUUGAUUGAUGCACCUCAAAUGCCUAUUGAGAAACUUUGCAUUGACAUUUUACGAUGUCGCUGUAACAUAUUAACCUGUCUUUUUGAGGUAAUGUUUAUUUACAAAAAAAACAGAGAGAAGAUAAAAUAUGUGCAACAAUGCCUAACUAAUUUACAUGCCUUCAUGUAUAUUUUUAGUGCAAACAAGACCGAGUUUUAAUGCCAUACUCUGCUAAGCUGCAA